AUGGAGGAACAGCAAUCUGAAGGGCAUCCAGUGAGUGACAAUGAAGAGGAACCAGUGCAGCCCACCAAUGCAGAUGUAACAGUAACCAAAUCACCCAAGAAAGAAAAAAGAACUGCCAAAAGAAAGAGCAUUGCUCAACCCAAGGAAAAGCAAACUGUUGAUCCUUCCAGGGAUCAACAGAAUGCAGAGAAAACUACUGAGGAACAGCAAACUGAGGAACCGUCUGCCAGGAGAUCACCAAGAACAAGGUCUGGUGUCCAGAGUGUUGCGCAAAUUGCUCAGCGCAGUAGAAAAAGGAAGCGUCCUGAGCAGCUUGAGACCCACACUGCUACUGAACCCACUCAUCUACCCAAGUUCAUUGACGAUGAAACCAGAGAAAAGUUUGAAUGGAUCUCGAAAGGCAAAUCACAUACUGAUCUCAUUUCUCGUGUCAACUCUGUUAACAUUGAACUGAACCCUGACAUUGUUAACUCUAACAAGGGAAAAGCUCCGGCAACUGGAGAAGAAAUUGAAGAGGAGGAUGAUGAUGAUGAGGAUGAGGACACUGAGAAAGAAGACCUUGCUCAGUUUCGUCUGGCUAGAAGAAAGCCUGGAUCCUCCAAAUCAUAUUUUAGGCACCCCUAG